AUGUCGACGGCAUCUAGUCAGUCCCGAGGAGUCAACCGACGGAUAAACAGUCUUCAGAAUGACGGUCGCCAUUCGCGCAACUCGUCUCUCUCGCGCCGUCGGCCUCUUACGCCUGCUAUCGCAAGCAGCCAUGCGCUGCGCGUAGCCUACCUGACCUACCUACUACACCCUCGAACCCGUCGCAUCCAAACUGCACCAGCCGCGCCGGCGCGGCCGAAGCGGUCCUCAACCUCGAUCCAUGAUUUGAUGAGUGACUUUUCGCUGGUCAGGGACUCGAAGAGCACCAGGAUUCCACAUGGCUUUGUGUCGGAGCUGGAGAAACGGUUGACGGGAGUGUUGAUGGGAAGGGAGAAGAAGAAGGAAUACCAGGAUCACCUGGUGGUGCGCACGUUUGCUGUCUUUCUCAAUGUGCUCAAGGAGGACUCCUUUCGCAAGCGCAUGGAGAAAGACCGCCGUGCCGAGGAUCUGCUCCUUAUCUUCUACUCCAACGCCGUCAAAGAGCUGAGCAAGGGUAAGGAACAGGAAGAUGAUAGCUGGAAGCUCAUGGUGGAUCGCCACGUUGCGCUCUUUGUCCGCCUCCUGGCGCUGAUACUCAAGAGUAAUGACUGGGCCAAGGACCGUCCCGAGCUUGCAAACCGCUUGACGGUGCUAGAGAACAAGCUUCUUCUGCAGGAUCAGGACUUGAUGGAUUCAAAUGGCCCGACAUCGACGACAGAGGUCCUCGCUCCACUGAGUUACGAUGUGAAAGACAUGCCUUUGGUGCAACAUGUGGCCAAGAUCUUUGGGAUGACGACUCUCCAAGCCCAGUCCGAGAUUGACAAACACAAGUCAGUCUGGACUGAAAAGGCAGCUCUUCGCGAUCUGAAGACCUAUCAAACACAGUUAAGCCUUCACACCCGAAAGACGCUAUGCAGAGAGGACUUUGAGACGGACGAGGCCUUUGAAAGCUGGAAGAAGAGCGAAGGUCCCGAUUUGUCGCAAAUGAUGCUUGCAAUCGUGCAGUCCAAUCCAGAACUUGCCAAGAGCACUCCUGGAGCUCUGCCGCAAUUCAAUGCCUCUGUCAGCGACGACUUGUCCUCACCUCGAGACCGAACGUCCUAUGCAAUUGAUCAAUCCGUUGAUUUCAGCUCGCUCUCGCUGGGCGGGGCCGAUGGCGACUCUGAGGAGUCCGACACAUAUACGUUCAUUCCGUCAGACCCGCGGGGGGUGUACAGGUUCAUCUUGAACCAGACGCUGACCCACGACCUGCGCGAUCGGGAAAUCGAAGCAAGUCAGGCUACAUCGGACACGCCAUCCAUGAAAUUACUCUCAAAGCAGUCUACGGAAAUGCUUAACGAAAUAUGUCUCCGCUGGCGGAUUCCCAAUUUCUCGCGUAUCGUGCUGUUCCUCGACGUCAUUCAGUCCAAAUAUGUGGACUCUGAAAUUGACCUCAACACCCUGGAUUCGGCAUUUACAUUUGUGAAAGAAUCGCCCAGUAGCGAGCCGCGGGCCAAGCGCAGUAGCUACGUGGCCUCCUCUGUCUUUGAUAGACGGAAAUGGAGCGUGCAUGAUUUGCAGACCAUGCAGCAGCUCCUAUCCAAAAUCCACGAGGCCUUGCUGCGUGAACUUUACGACGUGAUGAUGGACUGUUUCGAGGCGAAGCCCCGCCCAAUUGGUCCUGUAAUGUACAUUCUCGAGCAUCACAUUCAAAUGGAUCCGAAUUAUACAGAGGAUCCCGCGGAUAUUGACCGUUUCUCCUCGUAUGUGCAGGAUGGUCUUGCGCAGAAGGCUACGGAGAAAUAUCAGAGCCUCAUCGGCCAGUUGAUUCCUGUCGACCAGGAGUCGUGGCGAUUUGAUAAUGUAAUCCAGCUAGGUGAUGCAAUUUCGAAGCUGGCACAGAAGAUUCAGAAGCGAUACCGGAAUAAUCCUGAGAUUAUGGGGGUCAACCCUCAUCUCACUCUAUGCGUCAAUAUUCUCCCCAUGUUUGCGGAGGACGCGCACGAAAUGGUCGCUCGAAUCAUUGAGCACGCCAAGUCCGAGGGCGAGGAGAUUGAUAUUGAAGACGGUUUUGAUCUGUACAAGCAACUUGCUACGAUCAGACGUCUUUUCACAAACACUAUUCCCGAGACCCCGUUCCCAUUCCAUGUUGAGAGUCUUUUGGAAGAGUUUGUCUGGCGAUGGCUCCGUCUGACAGAUGAAAGUGUCAUGGAGUGGGUCAAUCAAGCUAUUCGGCAAGACAAGUUCACUGUUCAUGGAGGCGAGUUGGCCGAAGUCGUUCCAGAGGACAACCGACACAGUGUAUCGGUCAUUGAUAUCUUCCGGUCUUUCAAUCAGGUGGUGGAGAACCUGAUUGGGCUGGAAUGGGAUGACGAUCUUCAGUACGCCAAGUUCAUGACCGCUCUGUCAAACUCUAUGGGCAAAGGUGUUGCAAAGUACUGUGAAUCCUUGGAGCAGAUGUUUGCCCGUGAGAUGGAUCGUCUCACCCCAGAGCAAGAAGCGGCCUUGAAUCAGACCACUCAAGAGAAACUGAUGCAAUUCGCCAAGGACACAUGGACGAACAAGGAUAAGAUCGAGCCAUUCCAGUUCUCAUCUGAGUCCCUGGUGAAGCUGAACAACAUCGAGUAUGCUCUCACGCAACUAGACCGACUCGAGCGCGAAAUCAACGUCGACGGAUGUGCCGAUGUUAUCGCGAAGCACACCCCACCACAGCUGAAGAAAGUCCGCAAGUCCACUACAUACGUCUUCACGAUUAAGGUUGUGGAGGCAGAAGACCUUAAGGCCUGCGACAUGAACGGUGGCAGCGAUCCAUACGUAGUCUUGGCCGACGAGUACCAAAAGCGGAUUUCCAAGACGCGCAUUAUCUACAACAACCUCAACCCGCGAUGGGAAGAUGCCGUCGAUAUUACGACACAGGGUCCCCUGAAUAUCAUCGCGACGAUCUGGGAUUGGGAUGCAGUAGGUGACCACGAUUACGUUGGUCGGACAUCGAUCAAGCUGGAUCCUGUCCACUUCAGCGAUUUCCUACCGCGGGAGUACUGGCUCGAUCUGGAUACCCAGGGACGGCUUCUACUUCGUGUGAGUAUGGAGGGAGAGCGUGAUGACAUUCAGUUCUAUUUCGGCAAGGCUUUCCGUACCCUUAAGCGCACGGAGAGGGACAUGACUCGGAGGAUUACUGAGAAGCUCUCUGCCUAUAUCAGUCACUGUCUGUCUCGAAGGACGUUGAAAUCUCUUCUCUCACGCGGUAUCAGCAUGUCCACCGUAUCCAACUUCCUGAACCGCAAUCGCGGACAACCAACCUCUACUGGCCCAACUCCCGCCGACGUUGAGAACGCCCUCGACCCACUCUUCAACUACUUUAACGACAACUUUGCCAUCAUGAACAAAACCCUCACCGGAGAAGCCAUGCGCAUGGUCAUGGCCCGCCUCUGGAAAGAAGUCCUCGCCACGAUCGAAAGCCUCCUCGUCCCACCCCUCUCCGACAAACCCUCGCACCAAAAGCCACUCACCAUGCAAGAAGUCGACAUAGUCUCACGCUGGCUCGUGCUACUCUUAAACUUCUUCCACGCCGUCGACGAAGAAACCGGCGAGGCAGGCGGUGUCCCCAUCGACAUCCUCAAAUCUCCAAAGUACCACGAGAUCCAAAGUCUGAACUUCUUCUACUUCGAGCCAACGGAGAAUCUAAUCCGUACAUCAGAGCGCAUGGCCUCGGCCAACGUGAACCGUCAACAGGCUAAUCGUAACCGCGCCUCUGCGCCGCCUCAUCUAGGUGCGGCGGGUGUCUAUGGUGGGUUAGGCGUGCCGGCUGCCCGUCGCGCAAAGAGUAUCAUGCUGUCGCGGAACUUGGGGACUAUGAAGAAGGUGAAGGAGGAGAAGCGGCGCGAGGCACAGGCUGAUCCUAAUGAUGAUAUGAUCUUGCGGAUCUUGCGUAUGAGGCCCGAGGCGGCGGGAUAUCUGCGGGAUCGUAGUCGUCAGAAGGAAAGACUUGCGGCUGCGGCAGCUGCGGAUGCUAUCGUCAAGCAGAGUUUGAUGGCUGGCGUGGGGAGUCGAAUGAGUGGGACUAUUCCACGGCGUUGA